UAAGAGGGCAGCAAUGGCUGAUGAGUCUCCUCGUCCACUACGACCUCCCAUUAAUCUCAAAGCUAGAAUACAGAAGUAUCAACAUGCAACUGGUACAGAUCCUUCCACUGAUGUUACUGGCGGAACCGAGGAGGCAUCACAGUCAAAGACAUUCAAUGAUUUAAGAAGUAUGACUCUAGUUGGUGAAGAUGGCUGGGUAAUGGCGUCUGACGGGCGAUCAAAGCGAGAAAUAUCUCCUAUUCUCCCACCCAAACCUCCCUCACGAAAGAAGAAGAUAACAGUUGAGCCAACAGACGCGGAUCAGUCUUCCUCAGUCAAACCUUCUGUCUCUCCCUCUGCAACCCCACCAUCUUCUAUCAAGGGGCAACAGAAUAAAUCAGAUAAAUUGAAGUCAACAGAUUUAUUCAUCUUACCUGGUUCUAGUCCUGACACAGCUGCUUCUCAUCCUCCUAGACGGUCUCUCUCCUCUAAAAAUGUUCCUCCACGUCCACCACCUCCAUCGAUGAAGCCAACACGUAGAGUUAAUCCAGAUGAUUCCUUACCUGUUACUAAUACAACUAGUUACAGCAAUACUAUUACUGCACCUCCAAUCCCAACAGCAAAUUCCAUUGACACGACAAAGAGACCAUCUGAUUUUGGUGAUGGAUCUGUUCCUAGGGACAGGAAAAGCUCAGGGGCUGAUACAAAGAGUUCUGAAGAGACUUCUUCCCUUUCAGAUUCAGUAGAAGAAGCUACUACACCAAAACCAUCUAUUACACGUCAACCAGCAACUGGAAGCAUAAGGUCAUCAUUCUUUGGUAGGUUUGGUUCAAGGCCUUCUGUAACCACACCAACUGAAAAUGUGAAUUUUGAGAAUUCAAUAGAGCUUGAAGAGUCAUUUGAUGUUAUACCAGAUCGUACUGUUAAUCUUGAAGAUAUGGUCGUUAAAAUGAAAGAAAAAGAUGCAAAGCUACAUGAUGCAAAUAUUUAUGAAGUAGUACAAGCUGUUGCUCGUGAAGUGCCCCAUUGUGCAUCCACUAGGGACCUUCCUCCUUUUAUUUCUGAUUUUUCUACUGCACCGAGGGAAAAAGUUCUUCAUGAAUUGUAUACCACGGAAUACAAUUACGUAAAGCAACUUGAGAUGGUGGUUGAGGUUUUCAAGCCCCAGUUAAGUCCAUUAAUAGGAGAAGAUGCUAGUAAAGUGUUUGCUAAUGUUGAUGAUAUCUUAGCAUUCAAUCGUGGCCUAUUAGCAUUAUUGCAUACUAGAUUUAAGGAUUGGGAUCCUGAUAAAGAAUGCAUUGGAGAUAUCUUUCUAGGCAUGUUUACUCAAACUCAUAAGAGUAUGUAUGCUAUAUACUGCAGCAAUUAUGAUAAUGCUGAAGCAGUUGUCCUAAAGUUGCGUAAAAGAAAAGAUGUUGAGAGCCAAUUAUUAGUUUGUCAAAGUGAUCCUCGUGUUCAGGCUGGACUUACACUACCCAUGUUUUUAAUCACUCCCGUUCAAAGGAUUCCCCGUUAUAUAUUACUCAUGAAAGAUUUGAUAAAAAGGACUGAUAAGGAUCAUCCUGACUAUCAUCAGUUGACACAAGCCCUUGACAAAAUGGGAAAAUUGGCUGAUUAUAUUGACCUUCAGAUUCAAGAAACACAGUCUAAAAAAAGAUUAUUGCAACUCAAAAACAAAGUUCAGGGUCUCUCUGAUUUAGAACAACCUAAUCGCUCACUAGUCAAAGAAGGACAAGUAUAUCUUCAGAAUAUCAAAAAACUUUAUCAGUGCAUUCUAUUUAAUGAUGUGCUUGUGUUUGCACUGGGGGACCGUAGACAGAGCACCGUUGAACUUGAACUUAGUCUGGAAGCAUUGUGGGUUGAAGAUCUCGAAGACAGGGACCCACAAACAAGUAGUGAAGAUGCUAUUGAAAUUUAUACUCCUCAACGACCAUACAGAAUAUAUGUGAGAAGCAACUCUGAGAAAAAACUGUGGCUACCUAAAAUUAGGGAAACAAUUCAUCAGCAUUUGUUAGCUGCCAGUCAGUUGCAUGAUACUGAUUCAACUUCUCGCAGAGCCAACUUUGUUUAUCAAGACCAAAGGUCAUACAAUGGUGACUUCAAUGAUGCUUUGCGUCAUGGAAAAGGAACAAUGCUGUGGCCUAAUCACUCGCAGUACAUUGGUGACUGGAUUGAGGAUGAAAGGUGUGGCAAAGGUGAAUUUCGAUACAAUACCGGGGAUAAGUAUGAGGGACAAUGGAAAGAAGACAAACAAAAUGGUGAAGGGUCUCUUGAAUAUUCUACUGGUGAUGUAUACACAGGCUCAUGGAAAGAUGGAUUAAGACAAGGAAAAGGAAAGAUACUUUAUAGUAAUGGAGAUUCCUUUCAUGGUACAUUUACUUCUGGUCAUAUUGAUGGUAGAGGCUCUUUGAAAUGCAAGAAUGGUGUUGAAUAUACUGGGGAAUGGAAGACCUCUCAUCGUCAUGGCAAGGGCACCCUAACAACAUUAACAGGUAAUACAUACACUGGAGAGUUUCGUCACAAUCAGAUACACGGCAAUGGUAGAAUGCAAUAUAAUAAUGGAGACAACUAUGAAGGUGGAUGGAAGAAUGGAAUGCGUCAAGGUAAUGGUACUUUCACUAGCAAAAUACUAGGCAGGUAUGAAGGUUCUUGGGAUAGAGAUUUACGUCAUGGAAAGGGAAUUCUGAAGUAUAAAAAUGGAGACUUGUAUGAUGGUUUCUGGGAGCAUAAUAGACGUCAUGGGAAAGGAACACUAAUAUUAGUCACUGGUGAGAGUUAUACUGGUGAGUUUCGGAAUAACUUGAAAAAUGGACAAGGAGAGAUGAAUUAUACUUCAAAAAUGAAAUACAAAGGACAAUGGCUCAAUGAUUUGCGCCAUGGUACUGGUCAAAUGAUUUAUGAAGAUGAAUCUGUGUAUGAAGGGCAAUGGGAAGGGGAUUUACGGCAUGGUGAAGGCAAAAUGACUCUAAAAGACGAAAUAACUUACUCUGGACAAUGGGAACUAGAUCAACCUUGUGGAAAGGGUGAACUGAAUAUUCCUGCAGCUAAUUAUAAAUAUUCCGGGGAUUGGUUAAAUGGAAAAAAAGAAGGUAGAGGUGUUGAGAGUGCAGAAUAUGGUACAUAUUCAGGUGGAUGGAAAAGUGAUAUGAAACAUGGUCAUGGAGAAGAGAGAACUAUUCUUGGGACAGUUUUCAAUGGCCAAUGGGAACGCGGAAGGAAACACGGCCAGGGAGAUAGAAAGAUUGCUUACGGUCUAGUUGAAACACAGCAUUGGAAGAGUGGUCAGUUACAAAAUGAUCCUCUGAGAAUGACAGCUGUUGAACUACCGCACUUGUCCCGAGAUGAUCUUUGAGUGUUCUGUAUUAUAUUGCAUUUACUUGUACAUGAUGUGUGGGUAAAGAUUAAUAUUGACUCUGUGUGCAAUUGUGUGUGUGUGAAUUAUUAUUAUUUUGAUAAUAAACUAUUGAAUCUAUUAAUAUAAA